GUCCAAGUUUGUAAAGGCCAGUGGUAGCUGAAAUGGAGAUGGUUUGGUGGUGCAUAUAUAUACUGGUUGCGGUGCAGGCGAGCAUGGCAAAGGCUGGAGAAGACAACGUGACGUACGAUGGGAGAUCAUUAAUCAUCAAUGGCCAACGUAAACUUCUGUUUUCGGGUUCCAUUCACUAUCCUCGCAGCACUCCUCAGAUGUGGCCAUCUCUGAUAGCCAAAGCAAAGGAAGGAGGAGUUGAUGUGAUUCAAACGUAUGUAUUUUGGAAUAUGCAUGAGCCCCAGCCUGGUGAGUAUGACUUCAGUGGGAGAAACGACUUGGUGAAAUUUAUAAAAGAAAUUCAAGCACAGGGGCUUUAUGUCUGCCUUAGGAUUGGACCCUUCAUUGAGAGUGAAUGGAAUUAUGGGGGAUUUCCAUUUUGGCUGCACGAUGUCCCUGGUAUUGUUUAUCGAACAAAUAAUGAGCCCUUUAAGUUAUACAUGCAGAAUUUCACUACAAAAAUAGUAAACCUGAUGAAAUCAGAAGGUUUAUAUGCUUCGCAAGGAGGCCCAAUAAUACUAUCACAGAUAGAGAAUGAAUACCAAAACGUGGAAGCAGCUUUCCAUGAAAAAGGAGCUGCUUAUGUUAAAUGGGCAGCAAAAAUGGCGGUGGACCUUGGAACUGGUGUGCCAUGGGUCAUGUGCAAGCAAACCGAUGCUCCUGAUCCUGUGAUUAAUACAUGCAAUGGCAUGAGAUGUGGGGAAACUUUUGGAGGUCCCAACUCACCCAACAAGCCUUCCAUGUGGACAGAAGACUGGACUUCUUUCUAUCAAGUAUACGGUGGAGAGCCAUACAUAAGAUCUGCUGAAGAUAUUGCAUUUCAUGUAGCACUUUUCAUAGCCAAGAAGGGAAGUUACAUCAACUACUACAUGUACCAUGGUGGAACGAAUUUUGGAAGGACGUCAUCGGCCUAUGUGAUAACAAGUUACUAUGACCAAGCUCCUCUCGAUGAAUAUGGUUUGCUGAGACAGCCAAAGUGGGGUCAUCUUAAGGAACUGCAUGCUGUGAUAAAGAAUUGUUCCACACCUUUAUUGCAAGGAUUGCAGACCAAUUUCUCGAUAGGUCCACUUCAACAGGCUUAUGUUUUUGAACAAGGAAAGGGAGCAUGUGCUGCAUUUCUCGUAAACAAUGAUUCCACAAGAAAUGCUACGGUCCAGUUCCAGGACAAGGCGUUCGAGUUGUUGCCGAAGUCGAUCGGUAUUCUACCGGACUGCCGAAACAUGGUUUUCAACACUGCAGAGGUGAGGACAAUGCCGAAUAAGAGAAUUGCAACAGUAAGCGAAGUGUUUGAUGCAGUGAGUAGCUGGAAAGAGUGGAAAGAAGAGAUCCCCAACUUUUUAGAUACCUCACUGCAAUCCGAUUCAUUGUUGGAACAAAUGAACACAACAAAGGACGUAUCAGAUUACCUUUGGUACACAUUCAGCUUUCAACCCAAUUCAUCUUGCUCCCAACCUGUGCUUCACAUUGAGUCUCUUGGACAUGUUGCACAUUCCUACAUCAACAGCAAAUAUGUAGAAGCUGGACAUGGAAGCCAUGAUACUAUAGGAUUUAGCAUGGACGUUCCAAUUAGCUUAAAUGAUGGUAUGAACAAUGUAUCAAUACUGAGUGUUAUGGUAGGAUUACAGGACUCGGGAGCUUAUAUGGAGAGCAAAUAUGCUGGAUUGAAUAACGUGAACAUUCAAUGUUCGGGAUCAAACUCAUAUGACUUCACCAAUUAUACAUGGGGAUAUCAGAUUGGGUUGAAAGGGGAAAAGUUAGAAAUAUAUAAAGAAGAAAAUUUAGAAAAAGUGGAAUGGAGUGAGAUUGAUGAUUCAACAAAUACUUCACUCACUUGGUACAAGACCACGUUUGAUGCACCAGUAGGAGAUGAUCCGAUUGCCUUAAACAUGAGUUCAAUGCAAAAAGGACAAGUUUGGGUGAAUGAACAAAGUAUUGGUCGCUAUUGGGUUUCAUUCCAUACCCCUAAAGGAAAUCCCUCCCAAACUCUGUACCAUGUGCCUCGUUCAUUCCUCAAACCAUCUGGGAAUGUAUUAAUAGUGCUUGAAGAGUUGAAUGGGGAUCCCCUUCAAAUUUCUUUGAACACCAUUUCAGUUGCUGACUUCAAUUCUCCAAAUUCUUACAAUCAUCUCCCUCAGUUUAUUUAACCCUUCAUCAAACUGUAACUGAU